AUGAGCAGUGAGUGUUUGUUACCUUAUUACACGGCCAACAGCUACCGUUCAAUGGGCGUGUUCAAUACCUCCAUGGGUGACCUGCAACGACAACUGUACAAGGGAGGAGAGUAUGACAUUUUCAAGUACGCACCCAUGUUUGAAAGCGACUUUAUCCAGAUCAGCAAGAAAGGAGAGGUGAUUGACGUCCAUAACCGCGUCCGAAUGGUGACUGUGGGCAUCGCAUCCACCAGCCCCAUCCUCCCACUACCUGAUGUCAUGCUCCUGGCCCGACCAACUAAAGUCUGUGAAGAGCAUGUCAGACAUGCCCGGACAACCAAGGGGAGAGGUCGCAAGCCCACGAAGACCCUAGAGCUCACCAGGUUGCUUCCCUUGAAGUUUGUCAAGAUCUCCAUCCACGACCAUGAGAAACAACAGUUGCGCCUGAAGCUUGCCACUGGCCGUACUUUUUAUCUGCAGCUAUGCCCCUCUUCUGAUGCACGAGAAGACCUCUUUUGCUAUUGGGAAAAGCUUGUCUAUCUCCUGAGACCACCGGUGGAGAGUAGCUACAGUACCCCGAGUACAGUACUCCAAGCUGGAGACGCAACAAUUCUGGAGGGUGACAAAAGCCUAUUGACCACAGAGCUCCAUAGAGAAAGGGAUCAUGACGCUGUGGGGCUUCACAAGCUUGGUGAUGUGUCGGGAGCCUCGUCUUGUGCUUAUGUUGGUGGAGAGGGAGUCUAUCAUGCCCCCCAGGGCUCAGCUACAUCCUUGAAAAGUACUGAAGGAGGAGCAGCAGGGACAGCCUUGGGCCUGGCCGUAGCGGGGACAACAGCAAGCCCUGGAGGAGGCGUGGCAGUUGCAGGGGUGGGAGCGGGCUCUGUAGGAGGUGCUGUGAGCUUGGCCGCAACCAGGAGCACCAGCAGCAGCCAGAUGAGCGCCACCUUGGCAGGAGCUGCCGCCAAGAGUCCAGGAGAAAGCGGAUCCGGCAAGGCCAUUGUAGGUGCUGCCAGCAUAUCCUCAGAGGGCACAAACCUGGUCUUGGCAGGUGCUGCCAGCACAUCCUUGACAGGGGUGGACAGUGCAGACAGCAGCAUGAGCAUGGUGUUUGCAGGUGCAGCGACAACUGGCAAGGCUGCUGCUGCAAGUGCUAAAGGCCAGGUCGUAGCCCCCCUGGUCUCUAGCUUGCAGAGUGAAGGCUACAUGUCUGAACGAGAUGGAAGCCAGAAGGUCUCCUGCCCCAGGGAUGAAACUCGGAAGGAAAAAAAGGAAAGAAGGGAAAAGAAGGACAAGUCUUCAUCUAGGAAAAGUUCCCGUCACCGCAGAACAGGGGAAGGUCAUCACAGGACAGGAGGGGACAAGACCCGGAAGUCAUCCUCCCACCGGUCCGUAUCUGGCCAUGGAAACAAGAGAGAUGACAAAAAAGAAAAAGGGCAGAGCAGCACCAGGGGCAAAGGACACAGCCCUCACAAGAGUGGCAGCCAUAGCUCAUCUGCCAAGGAGGGGAGGACAGCUCGCAAGCCAGGGAAGAGCAGGUCCAGCACCAGUUCAGGGACUUUAAAUAAGAGAUCCAGUAAGAUCAGCACUUUCUUCAGAAGCUUCAGAGUCAUUCCUGGUUCAAAACCAACGGUUGGACAUGACAGAGAGGUAGACUUUGUGGCUAAGACGGUAGAGAAACGCAAUAUAGAGGCCAAGGUGGAGAAAGCCCCGGUUGGUGAGGACGUGGAGAUCCAUGGAACCGUGACAUCAGAGACGAUGGAGACCAUCAUUAUUGAAACAAAAUCCGGUUAA